AUGUCGGUCACACCAGAAAUAACCGAUGCUCAACUGGAAGAGAUCUAUCAAUUCGCAAUCGACCUCGGCAAAAAAGCCGGUGCAAGGUUGAUGGAUGGUAUACAUGCGAGAAUCGGCGGUACCAUAUCGGAUAUAUCGUCGAAUGUUGCGAGCAAUGCGAAUGUGACCAGUAACCUGGCUUUUCAAGAGAAGGAUAAUGCUGUUGAUAUCGUUACGCAGGUUGAUGAGGUGGAACGAUUCAUACAUGAAGCCAUCUCGGCCAGAUAUCCGGCUCAUAAAUUCAUCGGCGAAGAAACCUAUGCAAAAACCUCAUCCUCCGCUCGCGAAUACCUCAUAACCUCCGAUCCCACAUGGUGCGUCGAUCCUCUUGACGGCACAGUCAACUACACACAUAUGUUCCCCAUGUUCUGCGUGAGCAUCGCUUUCCUCGUCGGCGGCAAACCGGUCAUCGGCGUAAUAUACGCCCCAAUGCUAAAUCAACUCUUCUCAUCGUGCCUUGGCCGCGGUGCGUGGCUAAAUGAAACGACCCGUUUACCCUUGAUCAGGAACGCAAAGGAUGGCAACGUCACGAACGAUAACAAAGAUAACUACGGCGUUCCGCCUAUACCUGACAACGCCCCGAGUAAAUGCAUCUUCUCGUGCGAGUGGGGGAAGGAUCGUCGAAACGUUCCCGGAGGCAACCUACGAAAGAAGAUUAACAGUUUCGUGAACAUGGCAGCUGAGAAGGGUGGGGAUAAUGCUGAUGGCUUGAGGGGGAUGGUGCACGGUGUGAGGAGUUUGGGAAGUGCGACUUUGGAUCUAGCGUAUACGGCUAUGGGUUCGUUGGAUAUCUGGUGGGAGGGCGGAUGCUGGGAGUGGGACGUCGCUGCAGGCGUUGCGAUUCUGUUAGAAGCUGGAGGGUUGGUGACCACAGCCAAUCCACCGAAAGAUCCAGACACGGCGAACAUUGAAGAUGUCAGGCUGGGCAGUCGUUUGUAUUUGGCCAUUAGGCCCGCUGGACCUUCUGCAACAGAAACCGGACGACAGUCGCAGGAACGUGCCGUACGCGAAGUGUGGAAACGAGUCAACCAUCUCGACUAUAGCAGACCAGGGGCUUAA